AUGACGCUCUUCCAGCCUCCGGGGUCUGCUUCGUGUUUCAUGUCCCAGGAUGCGACGUCACAACACAAUCGCGUUGCAUCUCCGAUCUGCACAGCUCAUGUGUCUACAAUCCCCUGCCUAACGAAUGGGUUAUACCUAGAGUUUGGCCUUGUUGACGAAUCCCGAGUUGAACAGGAGCAGUUGGCUGCGUGUCAGCACUACUCGCCCGUAGACCUACUUGAUAUCCUUGAGCCAGCCCUUGCCCGGCCCUCCACCGCGCUCGAUGCAGGGGAUGGGCCACGGGCUCCGCCUGAUCACCACAUUGUCCCCCUUGCCCAGCUUGCCGACCUCGCGACUGCCUUCGAGCCGUUCUCCAUCCUUGUUGAGGAAUCGACACUCAAUGCGCAUGCGGUACAGAAUCGAGACACUUCCCGAAAGCGUCUGCGAGAGUACGUCGCGGAACGAGGCGAUGUGGAACGGGAGCAGGAAGCCGAGACUGCCCAUCGAGAAGCAGAGCACGGGCGGGCACUCGCCCUGCCCGAACAGCGAGGCGGCGUGCAGAACCGUGCCGUCGCCGCCGAGAGACAGGACGAGGUGCGUGUAUGGGAACAGUUCGUGGGGUGUCGUCCCCUCGUCUGCGCGUUAGCUCCCCCUCGCUCAACUGAGCUCACCAACAACGACUACGUCAAAGUCGGGAUGGUCGCGGACCGUGUGCCCCUCGACUAG